UAGCUUGUUUCAGAAAAUGGGAAGUUGGCAGUGGAGUACAACUAUCCUGAGAAAGACCUCAUUGACUGUGUAUCAGAAGACGAACUCAGGGGUCUCAUUCAGGUAACUGAAUUGUCAUUUUUACAGCUGGACCCUCUGGGAGAAGAAGAGGUCUUGUGCAAUUUUAAUAUGGAUGGAGAAUAGCAGAUUAUGGACACCGAUUCUGUUUUCUUCUUGCUGAUCUGGAAGGGUGUCCUGUCCUGUCCAUUAUCCAUCCUGGAAAUUGGUUCUCCUUGUUUUUAGAGCAUUUGGGUGAUGAAGCUACGAAAUGCAAGCUAUCGAUCAGAAGAUAAUACUCUUCCAAGAAAAAACUGAUUACCUAUUUAUAAUCAGUGAUGGUUGGAAAAGCAGUGUUAUUUUUCUGGUUUAUAUAUUUUUCUAAUAAAUGGCUUACUGAUAGAAAAUAUGACUUGACUAUAUAUGUUUCAUAUGCAGCAAAUGUUUUCAAUAAAUUGGAUAGCAGUUUUGUAUCAUAAAUAUCCAAUUAUUGUCUUCCACCCCCAAAUCACUGGAAGUGAGGGAAUGGGCCAGUAAAAAUAGAACUGUUGAAAAGAAAGAAAGAAGCAAGAGACAACUUUUUCCCUUUCUUUUCCAGUUACUGUUUCCUUUUCUCUCUCAAGUUUUUACCUCAGCUUUCUCUCUAGUGCAGCUCCUACUCAUCCUCAUCUCAUUCCACCCUAUUGUAUUCUUGUCAGAAGUAAGGAAAAAUAUCUGGGGGUGCUAUGGUCAGUAUGCUUGUGUUUGUAAGAGAGAGAGAGAGAGAGAGGUUUCUAUAUGUAAGAAUAGUCAGUGGAUAUUGAUUGAGAUCAAAAUAUUAUAAAUGGGACCAUACUAUUUUACAGACAAGAAAUUUAAAUUGGUUAUUAAAUAAAAUAAUUAUUUUUGUGCUGCAUCCUCCCUUUUCUUCAAAAGUAGAUUUUGGGAGGGUGUGUGUAUCAAUAACCAUAGCAAAUCACUCGCAAAAUGAUGUGAUAAUUUAAUCACCCCAAAGCCUCCAGCAAUCAUUUACUGCUUUUCAGUUUAACUCUUCUUUGAAAAAGUCUUUUUAUGGAAAUCAGGCUUAUGUCUCUGAUUAAGAUCAAGUUGUUCUGGAUAGCAUUUUAACUUAUUUGGGAUGAUUUUUUUUGUUCUUUGUCACUUUUAAUAUUCUCAAGGUUUGUUUUUAGAUUUACUAUUGGUAUUGUAAAUUAUCCCACUGAUAGUACUCAUCUAAGCCUCCAAGAAUUGGGCUGCUAUGAUACAAAUGCAAUAAAUAAAUUAGGUGCAAAGGAAGAAAGCUAGAUGUUGCACAUGAAGUUUCUGUUUAUAAUUUAUCUUCCCUUCUGAGAAUGAUUAUGUAGUAUUGCAGGCUAACUCUGUGCAUAGUCUGGAGUUCAGUCCUGAUGGGUUCAAGGUUGACUCAGCCUUCCAUCCUUCUGAGGUUGGUAAAAUGAGGACUAGAUGGUUGGGGGCAAUAUGCUGACACUGUAAAGUCAGAAUGCUGUAUAGUACUGUGGAGCAGUAUAUAAGUCUAAGUGCUAAUACCCUCCUUCCUCCAUUAAUCCCCCUUAUUUCGAGCCUUAGAUAAUUUGUAGUGAUGUCUUUUAUUAGCUGUAGAAUGCUGGCCAGGUCUUACAAUCUGAUUUUCCACUUGAAAUAUAUGGUAUUCUCCACUGUGGCUCCGACCCAAAAAAAUUAAUCACAAAUAUCUGAGUGAUCUCAUGAAAUCAACUCAUUAUCUAUAAAAGAGACCCUACCGAUAUUGCCAUGGUUCUGGCAAUUCUAUGAUGUCAGGAAUCAUGAUAAAAUGAUGUCACAACAAAUGGAGCCCUUGGAAUGCAGUGGUCUUUACCACCAGCAGCCUCAUUGUGCAACCUCCAUUUGGAAUGAUGUGGAUGUGGUUGCUUGGUAACUAUAUAGAGUCACUUCCAAGGCUGGAUGCCAUUUUCCAAGGCAUCCUUUACUGGGUCACAUGAGAAAGAUGGGACAGGUUGCGGCCUCCGCUACCCUCCUUUUCUUCCUUGGAACUCUAUUGAUGCCUAUUAGGCGGUUGGAUGCAGCGAUACAGCCGUGCCCAGCCUCAUGCCAUUGUACGUUAAAAAUCCUCAACUGCAGCAGGACUAUCAAUUUUCCUAGUCUCGACCAUGUGCCUGUUCCGGAGCCAUUCAGUCAUCCCUAUGUUUUUGUCAUGCUGGAUUUUACUGGAAACACAAUUUUUUCCAUGAAUAAACGGGUGUGGUGGGCCUAUCCUUGGACUGAAUACUUGAUUCUCAAGAACAAUCACUUGCACAGACUGGAUAAUACGUCUCUAGAUGGCUUGCUUUCACUCACACAUCUGGAUGUCUCUCAUAAUCAAAUCCAGACCAUUGAGAAAAAUGCAUUUGAACCUGUUCCACUUCUGCAAUCUAUCAAUCUCAGUGGCAACCAUAUUUUGCGGAUAACGCAGGGGGCCUUUCAGGCUUGGCACGGGAUGCAGUUUCUAUCCAAGUUGAUUCUCAACCAUAAUCCACUGAGAGAGAUUGAGGAUUCUCAUUUCUACAAAUUGCCCUCACUGAAAUUCCUGGACCUUGGUUCCACAGAAAUAACCACAGACAUACUAGAGAAUUUGCUCAAAAUCUCCUUAAAACUGAAAACUCUUAUUUUGCCUAGGAAAAUGUCCUGCUGCCUUUGCAAAAAUCAGGAUACCAUUGAAGCCUCAUCUAAUACCAUCAAGCUGGAUUGCACCAAUAGAUGUGUGUCAAACAUUAUUGAUUAUGAGAAAGAGGAACUUUGGGGAACCAUGCAAGAUGAAGUAAAGAAAGUACUGGAAACCAGAAAAUUAAAUUCUACCAACAUAUUAAAUAUUAUCUCUGAAAAACCUGAACAUUAUAAUGUCACUCUGUCACUCUUAAUGACCCAUGGGCGUACUCAUUUAGGUAUCCAUUUUCAUAAACACAGACCACAUAUUUUAAAAUCAGCCAUCAGAUUAAGUAAACUCACCCCUGAUGAAUAUGUGGAUGUGAAGUGGUCUGAUAAAAACGAGCUGAAAAAGCUGUACAAGUUAACAAAGUUGCUACUGGUAGCUCUCAAAGCAAAAUUAGCAGAAAGCGAACAGGAGACUCAAGCGUUGGAGAUCCAAAAGGAAUUGCCUACAGAAAUUUCAGAAGAUUAUGGUAACAUCAUCCUGAGCACUAAAAGCCAUCGGAAAAGAUUUAAGGAACACCUGAAAAGGGUAAAGAGAGAUCAUUGGAUUGGGAAAAAUCCAGAGGAAAAAGAAUUAUUUCUCAGGUUGCUCAGAGAAAACGUAGAAUUUGCAAAAACCACUGGAAAACUUGCAGGAGAGCAAAGAAAUUUUGCUUUGUAUACCAUGGCAGAAAAAUUGGGGACGCUAUCAAGGGAACUGGAGCUUCAGAAGGCUGCUUCCUUUAACAGGCUUCUUCAAGCAGCACUUCAUUCCUUAAAGAACUGCUCCAUUUUUCAUCUUCCAACUAAGCUGCCUCCUUUGACUGCUUCUGUUGUGCUUGAUGACAGUGCUGAGGAGUCAGAAACUUUGAAUAAACUCUCGCCUGAUAUAACAUUGUCUCAUAAGACACAUUGGAAACAUCAUGAACAAAUCACCUCUACUUCCCCUUUGCUUCAUCUUUUGGGAGACACUGCUGAUAAUUUGAUUCAGGAUGAACUCAAUAAAAUUGAGUUGAACAAGGGGUUGGCAUCUAUCUUUCCAAGUAAGCCUAUCAGGAAACUUAUUUCCCUCAUGAUCCAUAUCAUGAAUGUGACCUGCAGAGAGUCCAAUAUCCAGAUGGCUUGUGCUAAAUUAAGCUCUAGAAUAGAUCUUCUCAUGAAAGACUUCAAUGUGAAAAGUAGCCAGGAGACACCUGCUCUAUGGAACUUCUACUUUUCGCCCCCUAAGAAUGUAAAUGAUAUGAUUGCAGCAAGCUCCAGAAAAAUGGAUAAACUUUCUGAUGAGAUACCAAGGCAGGGAAUUUCACAAUCUAGGUAUUACAAAAAGUUGAUGCUGGGUAUUUCGAUGGCAACAACGAUGGUGGUUAUUGUUGAAAUAAUUGUUUUGAUUCAGUAUGUCAGGAGCAAUAGAAGAGGAAACAAAGGCACUUCAAAGAAAGUAAGUUCAAGAGAGGAAGAUGAAGAAAACUUAUUAUACUUUGAUCAUAUUUAGCUUGAACAGAGUUGUAUAUCAUCUAAACCACUGUACAAUUUUCUUUUGUGGUUUAUAUUGAAUAGUAAAUAUAUUAUCUGACUUGUAUUUUUUUAUUGCUAUCCUUAUCCUAAUACUUAAAAACAUUUUAGAAUAGCCAUUAUCCCAUUGGGAACAACUGCAAUUCUGUUGGGCUAAGGUUCUUAUUACUCAUGGCCAUGGUGACUAUCAUUGAUAAAAUCUACAGGUUUCCUGGUGCCAGAAAGAUGUUUUACAACUGUGUAGAGCCUUCACAUGAUGUUUGUAUGGAGCCAAGAUUACCUUCAUCAUUUUUUAUUGCAUCUUUAUAAAAUGUUCAAUAAUAUUUACAGGUUCCCAAAUCACAAUACAAUAUCAGAUCUGUGCAUACCUGUAACUAUAAUUAUAACUAUAAAUUAUAACAUAAAAAGUAGCAGGGAGUGAAAUAAAACUCAGUGCAACUAAGAACCUACAACAUUUAAAGUGCAAAAUAAAAACGGGAUAUUAAAAACGCUGGGGAAUAAAACAAUAUUCACUUGAAGGCAAAAUAACAGAAUUAACUUUAUAAGACUAUUCUCCUUUUUUAGUGAGAAUACUCUAUUUUCCCUCCUUCAUUUGUCAGGAGCACCUGAAAACAACCUUUGAGAAGGCUUCCAUGAUUCAAACUGAGAUGUGAUAUUUCUAAAAUGUUGGUCUCAAUUCAAAAGAACACUGGAUGUUGAGCCCAAAAACAUUCUGUGCAGCUAAUAAAUCAGUAAAAUGGCAAAUUGCUCAGUCUCCAAAAAUCUUGUAGCAUUAUUUUGGCCAACUGAAAUUUCAAGACCAAGGUUGAAGAAUAGGCCAGUUGUCACUUGCAGGAAAUAUGAGAACUAGCUUAUCAGCCAGAGGUGAUGAAGAAUGUUUAUUUCUUGUCACGGAGGAUGCUCAAGCUUUUAGGGGCAACAUUGGAUCAGGAAGCUCUGCGAUAAUCCCAUUCAGAACUAAAUGAAUACUUUUAAGCCAGCAGUCCCCAACCUUUCAGGCUCUGCAGACUGGUGGGAGGGAGGGGGAGGGAGAGGGGAUGGUAUUGUGCAUGCAUGUGCCAUUUGUGCGAAAGCACCUUUUUGCAUUUGCGCACUUUCCAACUGCUUGGGCGGCCCAUUUCCCAAAAAGGGUUGGUGAGCAUAUACACAUACACACCAUAUUAUAAAUUCUUGAGAAUAUUCGUAGCUCCAGUUGUAGGUUUCAGCAGUGGUUUGUUCUCUAAGCUUGCUCCCAGACUAGGUAAUAUCUUCAGUGGGGUUUCGGAUAAAAUGUGGUGCACAAAAUUCAACUGGGGAGGAGGUGGACAAUUCUGUCGCUGAUUAGUGAUUUGGGUUUGGUCCAUUUCCUUAUUGGUUUAAUAUGCCGGUUCAAAGUCAAAGUGUUGUUGAUGGAUCCAUUGGUACAGUACCAGGUUUCAAUGAAUUUGUGUGCAUGAUGGGUUUUGGUGUGGCCAAUGAUUUCACCCCAGUUGAAAAAGAGUUGUUCACUGUCAGUGUGGUUGGAGAUCAGGGUUUUGGGUCGUGCUGCUUAACUGCCAGCUAAAGCUCAUGAAUUCUGGUUUUUAAUCAUCAUCCUGUUUGUCCGAUAUAGAACUGGUUACAAUUUUUGCAGUUGACUGUGUAUAUUAUGUUGUUGCUGUUUCCUUUCCGUGUUCUGCCUUUGAGCUUUGUUAGUUCUUGUCUGAGAGUGAAAGUGGGUUUGUGUACUAUGGUUAUUCUGCAGUAGUCUGGUGGUCACAUCUGAUGUUCCUUUCAUGUAUGGCAGGACUUGUUUCCACGUUGCGUCUCGCAAAAUGUUGAAAAAGUGUUUCUCCUCUGCUUCUCUUAGGUAUUUCGUGCUAUAGUGUGUUUUGGCUCUCUUAAAGCAGGUCUGGACACAGCUCCUUUUAUGUGCCUUGGGGUGGUUGCUUGUGAAGUUUGUGAUUUGGUUAGUGUUCAUGGAUUUCUGGUAUACACAAAUUAUCAGUUCACCAUUUUUCUGUCUCUUUAUAUCCAUAUCAAGGAAGGGGAGACGUUAGUCUUUUUCUUCCUUGCAGGUAAAGCUGAUAGCACACAAAUCCAUUUUCACUCUCAGACAAGAACUAGCAAGAUCAAGGACAGCUUUUUCCUAUAAAAAAAUGACUAUCCCAGUAAUAAAAAAACACAGACUAUCAGUUAACGGCAGUGGAGAUAGGGAGUCGCAAAAAGACCCAUUCUAGAAGGAGAUAAUGAACAGUUUAGAAGAAAAUUUUACUUAUUUAGAAAAUAAUAUAAUGUAAAACUUACAUUAUGAAAUAUAUAUUAAAUAUUAACUCUGGUUGGUGAUAUCUGUACAAAAACAAUAUAAAAAAAAUCAGUCAAAUAAAGCCAAUACAAGAAACAAAUAACAAAAACAUACUAUAAAAAUUCCAUAAAACAAGCAUAUACAUACAUUAGGCUCCUAGAUUGUGCUUCUAAUGCUUGAGGAAAAGCUCAAGUUCAAACAAUCUUCUGUAGGGGUUUAUUUAAUUUAUAGCUAAAUGUCCUAUGCAAACCUUCACAGUAUCAAAAUCACACAAGGGUUGGCUCAGUGUAGAAAAACUUUCCAGUUUUGGUCAUGAUUCAGUCCUGCAGUUAAAGAUCCAACUGCAGGGGAGGGCCAACUUAAACUUUGUAGAAUCUAAACUGAGUUUUACAAUGUUGUUAAAAUUAACCAGCUGGAAUCAAGUGCAAAACUGACUCUAAAAGAGUAGUUUCAAAUGAACUUUGUAAGUCAUGCCCUGACCUAGACUCAACAUUAUUAUAACUCAAUAAUAAAGCAACCACUUAAUUUAAACCCAAACAUAGCUAUUGUUAAAAUAAUUGGAACUAAAUCUUGUGAGAAGCUAGCCAUGUGUAAAUAUCCACAUUACACAGAAAUUAGC